AUGAAGAGAAGCGAGGAAGAGGUAGGAAAGGAAUUGAUAGAAGACAGAAAUCUCUUGUCAAAAUUAAACCCGCUUCAUCUCUGUGGUAUCCCUCGUAAGCAUAUGGGAAGAAAAGGCUCUCAAACAUUCAAGCCAAAUGCUUUGCCUCUUUUGGCUGUUGGCCUGAACUACUUACUACCACUGAAGAGUUCAUUUUAUGUCAUCAUUGCAGAUAUCAGGGAGAACAAACGUGCAGCAUUAACGGACCAUGGCGAAGAUACGGUAUUAAGUGACUAUUUUCCACCCCGUCAUACUGAAGCUGUAACCUCUCGACCUUCAGCUUCAAUUCCCCAGAUAUUUCUACAAAAGGACUCUGUAUACACCGGAUAUCAAAACCACUUCAACCAACACACCAAAUGA